AUGUCUCCAAACUCGUUGGCCGUUCGCGUUCUACACUGGAUCACACCCAUCGCGAUCGGCACGACCUUCAGUGUCGCACGGCUCGUUGCAUUCUGCGCACUUCAGAAACCAUCCAGGUGCUCUCGUAGCUUGGCCAAAACUAGACAGAUUGUGACCGCGAUCCUGUCCGCAGCUGUUCUGCUGCUUUUCUUUCAAGGGCUCGAGCAGCGAAAUAUAUCGCAGGAUUUCCAAGUUUAUAUUGGUGGAUCCAUAUUCAUCUGGGGCACUGUGACCGUAAACCUGUUGGGCAAGUCCAGACGGGUUUGGUAUCCCUACGCUGCAAUAUGGAUUCUAGGUGCUUUGCUUGAGACCUGCGUUCUCCUAUUCAAUGAUUCGCUUAAAUCUGGCGAGCUCUAUUCAAGUCUUGAUCCUGCUCUGCAGAUUAGUCGCAUCGUCUGCUUGUUGAUUCUUGCUGGAAGUGGGUUCUGCUUCUCCAUAACCUGCAGGUUGUUUCGGCAAAGCGUCGAUGAAGAGAACCAGCCUCUGCUCAGUGCCCACGGUAGAGCAGAUGCGGACUACGCUUCAGUUGCAUCAGAUGACGACCAGGACCGCUUGAUUAUGGAUGAUGAAGAUGAUGGACCGAAUAGGACAAAAGAGUUGAAGGAGAAGCAAAGGAAGCGUUUGCAGGAAUGUGGAAGUUGGAUGGCAUAUCUGAGGGACUUCAAGCUGCUCGCAAAGCUUGCCUGGCCCUCUGGAAACCGAUCAGCCAAGAUCUGUCUGGCUAUUCUGAUUGUCGUGAUCCUUGCCGAUAGAGCUCUGAACCUUUUGGUUCCAAGACAACUCGGAAUCAUCACCGACAAGCUCUCUGCUGUGCACGAAACCGGCGAGAUACCUAUCCGAGAAAUCGGACUCUGGAUGUUAUAUGUAUGGCUCAGCUCUUACGCCGGGCUCCAUGCGAUCACUCAGUUUUGCCAACUUCCCAUCGAGCAGCACGCCUACCGAAAGAUCGGCACAACUGCAUUUGGUCACAUUAUGAAUCUGUCGAUGGACUUCCACAGCAACAAGCAUUCAGGAGAGUUGAUGGCGGCCAUUGGUCAAGGUCAGCAUCUGUAUCGGCUGUGUGAUUUCAUCUUUCUCGACGUAGGCCCGAUGAUAUUCGACCUGAUAAUCGCACUGAUCUACGUCACACUUCUCUUCGAUGCAAGCAUAACCUUGAUCAUGAUCUUGGUCGGAGUUGGGUAUACCUGUAUCGGAACCAAAUCUACUUCGUGGGCCAUGCAACGACGCAGACGUUACAAUCAGGCUCAACGGAAUGAAUCCAAGGUGCAGAACGAAAGCAUUGGAAAUUGGCAGACGGUCGCACACUUUAACAUGGCCGAAUACGAGUGUGACCAGUAUUCCAAGGCUGUCGAAGAGCAUAAUAUUGCAAGAGGUCGCUACUACAUGGUUCACUAUGCAGGAUAUGCCGCGCAAAAUCUGAUCCUAUUACUUGGUCAGCUCUCCGCUGCUCUACUCGCAGCGUACCGUGUCUCUCGCGGUGAUGCGCCAGUCGGCAACUUCAUCACUUUGGUGACAUACUGGCACACGAUCGAGGCUCCCCUGACAAGUGUCUCGUUCUCGGUUAGACAAUUGUCGCAGAUGCUCAUUGACUCGGAACGACUAUUGGAACUUUUGCGCACCCAGCCAAGUGUCGCCGAUCGUUCCGGAGCAAAACCUCUUCUCCUCACCCAAGGCAGGAUCGAAUUCGACAAUGUCAGGUUCUCGUAUGAUGUGCGCAAAGCUUCACUCGAGGACGUCUCUUUUGUUGCUGAAGCAGGCAAGACCAUUGCACUUGUUGGAGAGACUGGUGGUGGCAAGUCGACGAUCCUCAAGCUCCUUUUCAGAUACUACGAUGUGUCGAGUGGUGGCAUCAAAAUCGAUGGCCAAGACGUUCGAAAUGUCACGUUAAGCAGUCUUCGUGCAGCCUUUGGCAUGGUUCCUCAAGAUCCAUCUUUGUUCAACACUAGCAUCAUGGAAAAUGUUCGCUACGCUAGAAUGGAAGCAACAGACGAGGAGGUGAAAGAGGCUUGUCGCGCAGCAGCAGUUCACGACCGCGUCGUGUCUUUCCCCGAUGGCUAUCAAUCCACAGUGGGUGAACGUGGCGUCAAGCUCAGUGGUGGUGAACUUCAACGCAUUGCCAUCGCCCGAGCAAUUCUACGUGACCCGCGUAUCGUGCUGUUGGAUGAAGCUACAAGCAUGAUCGAUGCCGAGACGGAAGCCGCAAUUCAGAAGGCUUUCAAACGACUAACAAAGGGAAGAACGACAUUCGUCGUGGCUCACCGGCUAUCCACGAUUCAGGAUGCAGACCUUAUUCUUGUUGUACAGAAUGGGCAGAUCGUGGAAAGAGGCACCCAUGAGCAGCUCUACGCUCUAAACGGUAAGUACACUCGACUCUGGUCAAAACAGCUUUCGAAACAGUCAACGCAGACAUGA